CCUCGCCGCAGCCGUCGCCCCUAGCCCUUGCCAUCCUCCCUAGCCCCUGCUAUCCUUGAUCUUCUCUCGGCCCUCCUCCGUCCAUCGCAGCUCCAGAUUUCCCCAUAGGCUUGUGGCUCUAGUGCCCCGAUGUUGAGCUCGUCGCCAUCGCCGCCGCGUGGACCGCGUCCCCGCCCGCUUCCAAUGCGGUGGUCGUACGAGUCCUGCAGCGUGUGGGAGCCGUCAAUCUGCAAGAGCUUCAUGUCGUGGCCCUGGUUGCGGAAGUUGAGCGACAACUUGAUGCUGACGUUGUAGAUGCGGAGCCGGUACGUCUUGGCGGCCUCCCAGGUGAACAUGGACGGGUUGGUGGCCACCCUGCCGCCCCUGCCGUUGAUGAGCACUUCCGCGGGGAGGCCGAAGCUGCGCCCGGCGUCGAGGAGGCUGGCCAUGAUGGCUUGUGGCACUUCCCGCUUGACCCGUGCGACAGCUACGCCAGGUGCGGGGCAUUCGGUAUUGCGACCUCGGCCAGUCCCCGUUGUGCAGCUGCCUGCCGGGGUUCCAACCGCGGUGGCCGCAACGGUGGAGCCUCGGCUCCGGCUCCGGCGGCUGUGUUAGAAGGACCAACCUGAGCUGUGGGGCCAGAGAUGGGUUCUGGACAGUGAGCCUAAUGAAGCUGCCGGAGGCGACCAACGCGAUGGUGCACACCGGCAUGAUCUUGGACCGGUGCAGGCAGCUCUGCCUCGGCACCUGCAGCUGCAGGGCAUACGCCGCAGCGGACGUCAGCGGGGGCAUCAACCGCGGGUGCAUCGUGUGGGCCGUGGAUCUCAUCGACAUGCGGCAGUACCCGGAGGUCGUGCAGGAUGUGUACAUCUGCCUCGCGCAGUCCGAGGUCGAUGCCUUGACCGCUGCAGGAUCCAUUACUAUCCAUGCCGCCACUGGGAGGAGCUCGACCCCAGCGUCGGUGCAAGGCCACCGCCCACUCGGAGGCUGUCCAACUCGUUUCUCAAUAGCUCCUUCCUCAACAACUCGUUCCGAGGCAAACCCCUGAGGUCAUCUCCAAUCUCGUAAAGCCGCUUAUACGCGCGAUGACAAGUGACAAGCAGCAGCAACAACAACAACAACAACAUCAUGAAGAUAUCAGGAAGAGCUCGCAGUACCUCUUGUCAUCAAGGAAACCGUUGCUGCAGCAGAUUCCCGAGGAUCAGAAGCCGCUGGUGGUUGGCCAUGAGGUUUCUCCCUACCAGCAAUGCUCUUACACCAGGGAGCUAUGAACGGAUAUUCUUGUGAUGUACCAUUGCUGAACAUCAGAGUUGGUGAACCUAGACACGUUCCUAGCAGACCGAGUGUCCAAGUUCAGUGUAACGAUGCCCCAGUUAGACGUUCGUACACACCGUAGCAUCACGGUUAUAGCUACUAAUACACAAAUUUACACUAGUCCAGGUGCACUGCUGAUCUUGCACAGUUGCACUCAUGAUGAUCUUAUUUGUGGGACAAGUAUGAGUGUGUGAUGAAGGCCAAUGGCAAUCUGGAGAAGCAAGUUCUGUCCUUGGAG